AUGUCUGUAAGGAGGGAUACCAAUGUAGGGCAAGCUCAAAGAGGUGAACCCGUGAACUACCUUGUUUACUACCUGCCCCUACACUCCACAUGCUUUUGCCCCUCUCUUCUCCCUUAUAAAUACUUUCCUCUCCAUUUCAAAAAUCAAACCACCACCACAGCAACCACAAACACCACCAUCAGCGCUACCAGAACCUCCAUAACAAUGGGUCUCAGGAAGUCGAACAAUAAACAAACUCAAGCAUUAGCUCUCAAGAAAAUCAUCAAAAGGUGCUCAAGUUUUGGCAAGAACAGUGAUGACAAUAGCCUUCCAAACGAUGUCCCAAAAGGACAUUUUGUGGUAUACAUAGGAGAAAGGCGAAGCAGAUACAUCGUACCAAUAUCAUGUUUGGAUCAUCCAACGUUUCAAGAUCUACUACAAAGAUCUGAAGAAGAAUUCGGAUUCAAUCAUGAAUCGGGCAUAAUCAUUCCUUGCCAAGAAGUUGAUUUUUUGUCAUUUUUCUCCAUGAUUGCAUGA